CUCCCCGCCCGCAGCUGCGGAAGGCGCCGCGCUCAGCUAGGCGUACUUCCUCUCUGGAGUCCACCGAGGGAGCCCAGGCUCCAGAGCUCUAAGUCUCAGAGGCCCUGCCCUGGUCAGACGGCACAGACAUGUCGGAACAAAGUAAGGACCAGAGCGACCCUAACUUUGUAGCCGAGGCCCCCAACUCCGGGAUGCACUGCAGUCCUGGGGCUCCAGUGAUGCUCCCGCCUCCCGCCUCUGCGGUCGCAACCCUCGCGGGGCCACCAAGCGCUCCCGAAGGCCCGACGGCAUCCCCGCAGGCCGCGCCACCUCCCCGGGAGCUGGGCGAAGAGGACGACCCCAAGGCCAUGCAGCAGGCUGCGGAGGAGGGCCGCGCCCACCAGCCUCAGAGUCCGGCCCAGCCGACCCCAGCGCCGCCAGCCCCGGCCCAGCUGGUGCAGAAGGCGCACGAGCUGAUGUGGUACGUGCUGGUGAAGGACCAGAAGAGAAUGGUCAUCUGGUUUCCAGACAUGGUGAAGGAUGUCAUCGGCAGUUACAAGAAAUGGUGCCGAAGCAUCCUCAGGCGCACCAGUCUUAUCCUCGCCAGAGUGUUUGGGCUGCACUUGCGGCUGACCAACCUGCACACCAUGGAGUUUGCGCUGGUCAAAGCGCUCAGCCCGGAGGAGCUGGACCGGGUGGCGCUGAGCAACCGCAUGCCCAUGACAGGCCUCCUGCUUAUGAUCCUGAGCCUCAUCUACGUGAAGGGUCGCGGGGCCAGAGAGAGUGCGGUCUGGAACGUGCUGCGCAUCCUGGGGCUACGUCCCUGGAAGAAGCACUCCACCUUCGGAGAUGUGAGAAAGCUUAUCACCGAGGAGUUCGUCCAGCAAAAUUACUUGAAGUACCAGCGAGUCCCCAACCUUGAGCCCCCUGAGUACGAGUUCUUCUGGGGCUCCCGAGCCAGCAGAGAAAUCACCAAGAUGCAAAUCAUGGAGUUCCUGGCUAGGGUCUUUAAGAAAGACCCCCAGGCCUGGCCUUCCAGAUAUAGAGAAGCUCUGGAGGAGGCCAGAGCUCUGCGGGAGGCUAAUCCCGCCGCCCACUGCCCCCGCAGCAGUGUCUCUGAGGACUAGCAAGGUCUGGUGGCAGAUUAGUAGUUUCUGACCCACACCAGGGCUGUGUAAGGGUGGGCUGGGUCAUUAGAGUAUUCAGGAUUUACAGUGCAGUAUUUCACGUGUAACUUUUAAGUUUUCAGUACAGUGCUUUUAUACCUUUUAACGCAAUUGUUGUAUUCAUUUGGGUACUAUGAAGUAAGUAGUGGUUAGGAUUUCUGCAUGUUUGUUUAUAAGUAAGCAAAGUUGGUGCUUUCCCAUUUGUGCUAUCUUUCUUGGAUUUUUUGUACAAGAGAUGUGCUAAAUUUAUGAAAUACAUUGAGAAAUUUUCCAUGUUGUUAUUUUAUAUGGGACUGAUGAUGUGUAUUGGCAUAGAGCUCCUGCCAAGUUUGAAGGACUAGCCAGCAAUGCUGGCCAGACAAAUCAGAAGCCAAGACUCUUCUCCACAUGACAUUGCAGGACACAGGAAACAUCCAUGUGGAAUGGACUGGUUUGAACUGGAAUGAUCUCAGUGUGGCAUUUGGCACAUUUUACUAAACUCGUAUACAACCCCACCAUGAAUAAAUCUCAAAGUGAGCAUCAGA